AUGGAGAAGAUGUCGAGCACUGCACCAUUUUUGUCGUUGUGGCUCGACUAUUCCGAGCCUUCCUCGUAUUACUCCAACGAAAUGACUAUAUUCAGAGACGCAAUUCAUCAAUUCCACGAACACAGAGAGUUACACAACGCGUACCCCAAUUUACACGCAGAGUCCGUGUUUAAAGGUCUCCAGAGGAAUUCAAUGAAUUCUUAUUAUAAAAAUAUUCCGUUUAUACUCUCGACUGGGUUUUAUAGUGGUAUCCAGCAAUACGGCGGUGUCAUUUUAUCACAAAGUUCAUCAUCAUGGGAGGGAUUACAGUUUGUGAUCAAAGAAGCCCUUUCUAUGAGUAUCAGUGGGGUGUCUUUUGUUGGGAGUGAUAUUGGUGGGUAUUAUGAUAUGUCCACAUUACAAGUCUAUUUGAGAUGGCUACAGGCGUCUACAUUUCUGCCGUUGUUCAGAGGGUAUUCUGAAAUGCACACAUUCAGAAAAGAGCCGUAUAUGUUUAAAAACAACAGAGAAUUGGUGAAGUAUGCGUUUGAAAUUCGGAACAUGUUUUUGAGGUUUUGGAACUCAAAAUUUAUUGAGUGUCAUAUAAAUGAAGUUCCCGUCAUCAGACCACUAUUCUAUAACUUUCCUGAUGAUGAAAACAGUCUUUUAAUAGAGGGAGAGUGGAUGGUAUCAACUGAAAUACUUGUAUCUGGUGUUUAUGACGAUUCUGAGAGGUGUCAGGUGUAUCUUCCAAAAGGCCUUUGGUUCAAUUUUUUCAGUGAUGAAAUCAUUCAAAGCAAUGCGAGUUACAUUGAAAUGGAAAUUGACUAUGAAUUUAUUCCCGUUUUUGUUAGGGGAGGGUCAGUGUUAGUUAUCGGAGAUAGAAAGUGUUUGACAGUCGAGGAAUGUUUUAUGAAGCACAAUGAGCUUCAUUUCUAUUUGGGUGAUGAUGGCAAUGCAACAACACUGUUUUAUGCGAGUUGUGGGGAACGAGAAGGCGAGAGAAUAGUUCGACUUGAAUUGAAAGGGAAUCAAAAUACAAUAGAAGGCAGAGUUCAAGAGAUUUACACGUGUGAGGAGUGUAAAAAAGUACAACUUUUUGUUCGAAAGAUAGUGAUACACAAUAUGAACACAAAACCAAAACAUGUACAUUCCAAAGAAGUUCAUAUUAUUCAAAUAAAACACUUUAAAAAUAAGAAGAUGGUUUUAUACAUAAAAACGUUUGACGCAAUACAGAAUUUUAUUAUUAAAUUCAGUUAUUAA